AUAAAAUUAGGGUUUAAUCUCAGAUAAAAGCAGACAUCAACGCCUCACUCUCUGCACCUCCCAAUCAAAGCAUAUUCAUAAUCUAUCUUUCAUAAUUUAGUUUUGCAAUUCUUUCAGUUUAUACGUACAAUUGCAGCUGUUUAUGAGUGUAAUCGUGCUCAGUUUAUGCGGGAAGUGAACAUUAAAUCAGAAGAGGAGCUGAAAAAAAUGGCGGACGAAGAGGAGGUAGCACGAGGUCCGAUUUUCAGAGACAUCAGAAGAUAUUACUGCGAGUACUGUGGAAUAUGCCGAUCUAAGAAAUCCUUAAUUGCUCGUCACAUACUAGCUGAGCAUGAGGAGAAAGUAAAGGAGAAGAAGGGAGUGGACGAAGGGCAUGAGGAGAAGCUGAAUAUCUGUGGUGAGUGUGGCGCAAAUUUCAGGAAACCUGCUCAUCUGAAGCAGCAUAUGCAGUCUCACUCUCUCGAGACUGAAGUUAAGGUGGAACAUAAUUUGUUGAUGGGCGUGAAGCAUUGGAUCCCAAUUUAAAGAACUCCAAAAUGCGUGAGGCACAAAUCACCUUGAUUGGAUUAGUAUCAGGUGGGGGACCGCCUGAGAAGCUCCAUCAAGUGAGCCUCUAUCACGCUUGCUAUUCAUUGAGAGACCUUUUGCUUGCCCAGUGGAUGACUGCAACUCCAGCUACAGAAGGAAGGACCACUUAUCGAGACAUAUUCUUCAUCAUGAGGGAAAACUCUUUGAAUGUCCAAUUGAGAGCUGCAAGCACCGAUUUGCAUAUCAGGGUAAUAUGACACGUCAUCUGAAAGAAUUCCAUGAAGAACCUGCUUCUGAUGAUGUUGAGAGUCUUGAGACUCGAAAGCAAUACAUCUGUGGAGAAAACGGGUGUGGAAAGGCCUUCAAAUAUCGAUCCCAAUUGCUUAAACACGAGAGUUCUCAUGUUAAGUUAGACUCGGUGGAAGCACUAUGCGGAGAGCCCGGAUGUAUGAAAUAUUUCACAAACGUGAAGUGCCUCAAGGAGCAUAUUAGGUCCUGUCAUCAGUAUGUGACAUGCGAUAAAUGUGGUAAAAAACAGCUGAAAAAGAACAUUAAACGUCACAUGCGCGUGCAUGAGUCGGUGAUUUCCUCUGAGAGAAUCAAGUGUAGCUUUGAGGGAUGCUUGCUAACAUUUUCAAACAACUCGAAUCUCAAGAUGCAUAUCAAUGCUGUGCAUUUGGAAAUAAAACCAUUUGCCUGUAGCUUACCUGGUUGUCAAAUGAAAUUUGCAUUUAAGCAUGUUCGGGACAAUCACGAAAAAUCUGGGUGUCACGUCUAUACUCCUGUAAGCAUUUU